GCCGGAGAGCGGGUGCACGUGCACAGUGCAGGGAGAGGAGCCUCAGGAAGUGUGCUAACUGGAUGUGGGGGCAGUGCCAUGCCGACGACGUGCUCUUGGAUCCAGAGGAGCGGCUGCCUUCGGCGGCUUGUUAGCCCGGCAGAGGACACCCGCAGCAGGGAACAGACGAGGGUUGAAAAGAAAAGAAGAGCGUGGCCGAGGACCAUAGUCUCUUUCGAAAAAGUCCAAAAAACUGUCGAGAGAAUCCACAGCGAGAUGACGCAACCAAACUUGAUAGUUCAUACUGGUACUCGAUUGGCUGUUUAGCGUGUCCCGCCCAUUGUUCACUGACCGUUCCAAAGGCAACGUGCGGUUGCAGAACAACGGCGUCAUGGAGGCGGGCUGCGUGGUUGCCGCGGUGAUUGAGAACGCCGCCUCAGGACCCCGGGGGGAACCAGGAAGUGGUCACGUCCUUGAGGGAGACGUGGCACCAUUCAGUCACUUGAACAAAGGCGAUGUCUUACCUCAAGCUACCAGCAGCAGUCCUGCAGAUGAGAGACAGCCACAGGAGAUACAGGUAAGGAGCAAUGACAUCACGGAGCGUCCGGCCGAGCCCCUCCUGAGGUCCUGCGUCAGCACAGCGAGCAUGAAGGUCAAGAACGUGAAGAAGCUGACCUUCCCCAGAGGUCACUUUCCCCGCCUGGAAGACUGCGCCCAUUUCCACUAUGAGACUGUUGACUUUGGGAACGUUGAGCUGGCCUUUGCAGAGGGGCAAAGUGAAGGACCAAAGGCGGGACAGGACGCCAAAGAACUGCUCUUUCUCGUCCAGAUCACCUGCCAGGCGCGAAACUGGAUGGUGAAGAGGUCCUAUGAGGACUUCCGUGUGCUGGACAAACAUCUGCACUUGUGCAUCUACGACCGCCGCUACUCACAACUCACCGAGCUGCCCAAAUACGAUCCAGUGAGGGACACAGCUGAGUCCGUAACCAAGAUGUUGGCCACCUACUUGUCCCGCUUCUCAGCCAUCGCUGACAACAAGAUCAACUGUGGUCCAGUUCUAACAUGGAUGGAGAUCGACAACAAGGGCAACCAUCUUCUGGUGUCUGAGGAGGCGUCCAUCAAUGUCCCCGCCAUCGCUGCCGCCCACGUUACUAAACGCUACACAGCUCAAGCUACCGACGAGUUGACUUUCGAGGUGGGGGACAUUGUGUCCGUCAUUGACAUGCCUCCCAAAGAGGACACGGGCUGGUGGAGAGGGAAACAUGGCUUUCAGGUGGGUUUCUUCCCAUGUGACUGUGUCGAGCUGAUCAACGACAAGAUCCCUCCCAGUGUUGAAAGCUCAGUGCCCAAACCAGUGUGUAAGAAGCACGGAAAGCUCGUUACUUUCUUGAGGUCUUUCAUGAAGUCGAGACCGCCGCCGCAGAAGCUACGCCAGCGCGGGAUCCUCCGGGAGCGAGUGUUUGGCUGCGACCUGGGCGAACAUCUUCACAACUCCCAGCACGAAGUCCCCCAAGUUGUUAAGAGCUGCGCUGAGUUCAUCGAAAAGCAUGGGGUUGUGGAUGGAAUCUACAGGCUGUCUGGGAUCUCGUCCAACAUCCAGAAGCUCAGACACGAGUUUGACUCCGAGCAGAUUCCCGACCUGAGCCGAGACGUCUUCAGACAGGACAUCCAUUCGGUGGGCUCCCUCUGCAAGCUGUACUUCCGAGAGCUUCCCAACCCUUUGCUCACCUACCAGCUGUACGACAAGUUCUCCGAGGCUGUGUCUGCACCCACGGAUGAAGAGAGACUGGUUAAAAUCCACAACGUCAUCCAACAGCUGCCUCCUCCACAUUACAGGACACUGGAGCACCUAAUGAGACAUCUCUCCCGCCUGGCCACGUUCAGCCCGGUCACCAACAUGCACACCAAGAACCUGGCCAUCGUCUGGGCGCCAAACCUGCUCAGGUCCAAACAAAUCGAGUCGGCGUGUUUCAGCGGCACGGCGGCCUUCAUGGAGGUCCGCAUCCAGUCCGUUGUUGUAGAGUUCAUCCUCAACAACACAGAGGCGCUCUUCAGCUCCAAACUCAACGCCAUCAUACGGGAGAGCACCGGUAACAGCACCUUAUCUCGACCCAAGUCUCUGCUGGUCUGCUCCCCGUCCACAAAGUUACUGUCUCUGGAGGAGGCCCAGGCCCGCAGUCAGGCCCAGCUGAACUCCCCCGCCACCACCCCGUGCCUCACCCACAGUGACUACAUAGAGGUGGGGGAAGGACCCGGAGCGCUGCUGGGCAGGUUCCAUACGGUCAUCGAGAUCCCGCUAGAAAGUGUCAAACGGGUUCCUUCCAAGACCAAGAAGUCUCCUGUGGGAAACUGGCUGUCCUUCUUCCACCUGGGCAAGUCCAACUCUGUGUCCAAGCGUAAACUAAAGCGACAUCCCAGUGAGCCCAACGAGAUAAAGAGCAUCGCGCUGCCAGGCGGGAGAGGUGACAGCGGUACAUUGCGCUCCACUAAAAGUGAAGAAUCUCUCAACUCUUUGCACAAUAUGGCAGGAGAGCCUCCAAAGUACCACCACCUCCGCCCUCGUUCCACAAGUGAGGCCAUUUCUGCAUCCAAUAGAGAAGACCUGUGCAGGAGCAUCAGAAAACUCCCUUUCAGUCCCAACGGUGAAGACGGCGUCCGCGCCACCCUUUCCACUCCGCACCAGGAGGACGACAUCGACCUGCGUCCGCCGGCUGCUGGGAUCUCCACCCUGGACUUUGACCCCAUGUCCUUCCAGUGCAGCCUGGCCUCGGCGACGCCCCAGCUUCAGCGCGGCAAAGUGAGGAACAGCGCCGGGUGUUCCAGCGAAUCGGAUCCGGUCACCUCUCCGGACAACAUCAACAGUCCUCUGUCUCCAGAGCUUAGCCCUCCUUUUACGAAAGCGGUGACGUCUGACGGGCCUUUGGCAGAUGGGAAGGACUCCCGAGCGCCUUACCGACAUCGCAACCCGCUCAGCGCGGCGAGCCAAGCCUCAGCGAUGACGGAGUCUACGCAGAACCUGCCCGAUCCAGGAACAGAUAGACUCAUGAGUUCAGUGUCUAUUCUCCCUCCUCACCCCUCCCCGACGAGCGCUGCACGCAAGUUGGCCCUGGCGCUGGCCGAGUCGGCGCAGAAGGCCAGCCGCGGAUCCCAGAGACAAAGAAACCACCGGGCUCAUCCCCUCCAAAGACAAGAAGCUCAGGACAGACCCCCUCGGCCCUCCGCCCUGGAUCUCAACGUCUACACGCAAAGGUGGAUGCCGGAAGACAGCUUCCACGCCUUCCAGUUCCUGCCCGCACACGCCUACUCGCAGCCGCCGCAGUUUUUCGAAGGACAGGACAGUUCGUAUAAUUUCACUCCGAAUGUCAGCCCGCUCGGGUCCGGGAGCCUGGAUGAGGGCAGCGCAGAAAGGAGGGGUUUUGAUGUCCCACCAGACAGACCCACCUACCACAGCGUGGGCGUGUCGACACCCACCGAGCCUGUCUGCUCCGCCCACAGCCCCAUAGCCUCUCCCAUAUACGCCAACGCGGACACAGUCGAUGUCUUUGAUUUCCGCGCGGUCCUUGCCGAGACCGCCAUGCCCGCCUCCAUCGAGGAAGUCCUUCCACGGCCGUUCCAGUCCCCGUCAGCCCGUCGCUACGGCUACAGAGCCCUCGGCCAGCUCGAUGACGUCUACCACAAUCUACAUCGUCAGCAUGUUCAACCCGCAAGGAUGUACAUGUACCCUCAGCCCGUGGCUUUGCCCCGUCACGUCUUGGGUCCGAGACACGUGUACAGGCAGUCCUCGGAGAACCGCCUCCCUCUCUCACCCCAGUACAGACGCUACCACCGAGGGGAGCACCCUAUGGCUGCCAGACAGCGACCACAAAGCCCCUGGCAGAGGUCAGAGGACGGACUUGCCCCGCACCCCGCCAUCAGGAGGGCUCGCUCCUUCCACGCCCCGCAGAUCAGUCGCUACGAGUUAGCCGCCGCCGAUGUCAUGCUGCCCGGCGCCAUGUUUUUUUCCGAGCAGGAGGCGCCCUAUCAGAGGCCGCCUCACUUCGAGGAUGUGCAUGUACCUAGCAACCCCUACUCGGACCUGAGCCCUGGCGACGUCCCCCGUUAUCCUUUCGAUCCCUUCCAACGCAGCAGUAUUCGCCAAAACCAGCCUUACAUGACGCCUUCCGCGAAGGAAAGUGUCGGAUUCUACCAGUACUCUCCUCGCCACGGCCGCCCCAAGACAAGGGGCUGUACGCGGAAAGGCUCGCUUGUCAGAAGCCGGAGAAUGAAAGUGUCCGUAAACACAUGUACUCGUCGCCAUCGCUACAACAGUCCCGUCUCUCCGGCUGACUCGACGGGAAGGGAGAUCAUGCACAUAAGGAGCAAGUCGGAUCCUGGAAACGGGAUGCUGUCUGCGGACAGAAGGGAAAGCCAAACAGCUGUUAAGGCUACAUCGCCAGGGUCCCACCUUGGGGAGCACCAAAUGGCCCGACCGUCGUCAAAGCCGGGGCCGCCCCGGCGCGUCGUCAAAAGCAGCACCCCGCAGCAGGCGCCGCUCCGUAAAAUCCCGUCGCUUCCCGAGAGGAGCUUCGCUAAGCUCGCGCAGCACGGCGACAGCAGCCAAUCUCGCGGCCACAAGCCGGAUCAGCCACAGAUGGCCGGCGGCGGCUACAGAGCGCCGACGAGAGCCGACGUCCUCCGGAGACCCGAGCGCUCGCAGAGCACGAGAGAAAGUCGCCACCAUCACGCCAAAUCGCCGCGGGAUGGCGAACACGCCGGAUCCUUUUCCACCCAGCCCAACAGAAGGACUCAGAGCACUAAAGUCAGGCCCACACAAAAUGACCACAGGCUGGGGGGAUAUCCCCCCGCUCCCAGGCCUAAACCCACCAGAGCCAGUAAAGCCGGGCCAGGAUACUCGCCGGGAUGGGACGAGGGCGCUCCCCACGGACACAGACCGCUGUCCAAGGCUGUGGCUCAGGAAGCUUUUUAUCAUCCCGCAGUAAGAACUCAAGCCGGAGUCCGUGAGUGACGACUGUUUAUUUAUUUAUUGUUUUUUAUGCGAGUCCACACUGGGGCCAAAGGAGAAGAGCACUUUAUCCUCUGCCAGACCAUCAGACUGUUUCACUCAAAGUCUUUAUUGUAAACCUUCAGGAGCUGCUAGGUCGUGUCACCUCCACCAAUGAUUCUUUCCUGUAAGGGAUCAAAAAAAAAAUCACAAGGGAAUACAAGGUACACUUUUAUCAUUUUGGAUGUUUAAAUAUGCUUAAGAAUGUGUAUGGAGUGACUUUAUAAAGAUAGCACGGUAUGGGCCUGAUCUACUAAAGGUUUGCGUUAGAGAUGUCCGAUUAUAUCACGCUGCCAGUACUAUAAAUUCUUUAAAAUGUGAUAUCGGAAAUUAUCGGUAUCUGUUUCAAAAAGUAAAAUGUAUGACGUUUUAAAAUGCUGCUGUACGGAGUGGUACACGGACGUAAGGAGAAGUACAGAGCAGUUGCGUCUCCCAGUCAUACUUGCCAACCCUCCCCAUUUUCCUGGGAGACUCCCAAAUUUCAGUGCCCCUCCCAAAAAUCUCCCGAUUCAACCAUUCUCCCAAAUUUCUCUCUGCUUUACACCCGGACAACAAUAUUGGGGUCGUGCCUCAAAGGCACUGCCUUGGUGUGCCGGCCCAAUCACAUAAUAUCUACGACUUUUCACACAAACAAGUGAAUGCAAAGCAUACUUGGUCAACAGCCAUACAGGUCACACUGAGGGUGGCCGUAUGAACAACUUUAACACUGUCAUAUGUAUGCGCCACACUGUGAACCCACACCAAACAAGAAUGACAAACACAUCCGCACCGUAACACAACAUAAACACAACAGAACAAAUACCCAGAACCCCUUGCAGCACUAACUCUUCCGGGGUGCUACAAUAUACACUCCCCGCCCCUCCCCACCAACCCCGCCCACUUCAACCUCCUCAUGCUCUCUCAGGGAGAGCAUGUCCCAAAUUCCAAGCUGCUGUUUUGAGGCAUGUUAAAAAAAAUAAUGCACUUUGUGACUUCAAUAAUAAAUAUGGCAGUGCCAUGUUGGCAUUUUUUUUUCCCAAACUUGAGUUGAUUUAUAUUGGAAAACCUUGUUACAUUGUUUAAUGCAUCCAGCGAGGCAUCACUACAAAAUGAGACAUAAUAAUGUGUUCAUUCCACGACUGUAUUUGUCGGUAUCGUUUGAUAUCGGAAUCGGUAAUUAAGAGUUGGACAAUAUUGGAUAUCGGCAAAAAAGCCAUUAUCGGACACCUAUAGUUUGCGUGUAUUAAACCGUGCAAACUUGAUAGCGUACGCCAAUCUACUAAACUCGUGGUCUUUUAAGUGAGUAAAAUAAGGUGCGCGAUCCAUUUAGCGUCAGUCCAUUUAGAAUAUAACAUGUGCACAGUACUGGAAAAAAUACUUUUAUAAUCAUUUAAGCAAGGCAAGUUUAUGUAUAGAGUACAAGUCGUACACAAGGCAGUUCAAAAUGCUUUACAGAAAAUUACAAGGCAAAAAUCCAUCCAUCUUCUUCCGCUUAUCCGAGACCGGGUCGCGAGGGCAGCAGCCUAAGCAGGGAAACCCAGACUUCCCUCUCCCCAGCCACUUCGUCUAGCUCUUCCUGGGGGAUCCCGAGGCGUUCCCAGGCCAGCCGGGAGACAUAGUCUUCCCAACGUGUCCUGGGUCUUCCUCGUGGCCUUCUCCUUAGGACGUGCCCUAAACACCUCCCUAGGGAGGCGUUCAGGUGGCAUCCUGACCAGAUGCCCGAACCACCUCAGCUGGCUUCUCUCCAUGUGGAGGAGCAGCGGCUUUACUUUGAGUUCCUCCCGGAUGACAGAGCUUCUCACCCUAUCUCUCAGGGAGAGACCCACCACCCGGCGGAGGAAACUCAUUUACCCAUGAUCUUGUCCUUUCUGUCAUAAACCAAAGCUCAUGACCAUAGGUGAGGAUGGGAACGUAGGUCGACUGGUAAAUUGAGAGCUUUGCCUUCCGGCUCAGCUCCUUCUUCACCACAACGGAUCGCUACAGGUCCGCAGGCCGCGCCCCCUCACAGACUGCUUCUAAAAUGCCCAUAAAUAUCGGUACACGAUGGUUUUUCUGCAUGUUUUGACCACGAAUGCGGAGUGAAUGAACGUCUCCAUGGUGAAAAGCCGCGUAGCAAAAGCCAAAACGUCAUUUAAAAAUAUUCCAUACUUGCCAACCUUGAGACCUCCGAAUUCGGGAGAUUUGGGGGGGGUACAUAUUUUCAAGUAUUUCAUAUAUAUAUAUAUAUAUAUAUAUAUAUAUAUAUAUAUAUAUAUAUAUAUAUAUACACACACACACAAA